UAAUCAUUCAAAACUGUACAUUGUGUGUUCCUAUGUAGGUUUUUGUUUAGGAGCCAGUAGGGUAAAAACUGUUAACUGAAGAAGCAUUGAACUGAAAUUUGAAGGUAACAUUAAAGAUCCAAAAAAAAUGGGUCGAGUAAGUUGGCAUCAUGUUGAGGAAGAUGAAACGGUCGAUUUAUUGCAAUCCACAAGCGAUGAUGACAAUGUGACAUCACAAAGAAGAAUGUCUGAUGAUAAUGUGAGGAGUUUAAACCUCAGCCCGCGUGUUAUACAACCAUCAUCUGGCAACAAAGCUCUGGAUGAAACAAAAUAUAAAUAUUCUCUCAUCUCCGUUCUUGUGAUUGGAAUCAUCCUAAUUAUGAUGGUUAACAUUGGACUUGGAUAUCGUAAAUGUCACAAUAAUGAACAACAACAACAACAACAACAACAACAACAACAACAACCAGCCCACCCAUCUAAGCACGUACCACCAUCACAAGAUCUAUGUAUGGAUGAAACAACGGGGUUAAAGUUUCCAUGGCAGAAAUACAGGUUACCAGAUAAAGUUGAGCCAUCUAGUUACCAUAUCCAUCUACAUCCUAAUUUCACUCAUGAAAACUACACGGGACAAGUAGAAAUUAACAUUACCAUUAUUGACACUGCCGAGUUUGUCAUUCUGCACACUAGGGGGCAAAAGAUACUCUCGGCCACGUUAACACCCGCUGAGAAUUCUCCUGGAAAACAAGAAAGUUACAAAGCAACAAAAACUCUCUUCUGCAUCAAAAACGACAUGGUUGCAUUUCACUUCAAUAAGAAACUGAAGGCAUGGGACAAAUAUUCACUACUGAUCGACUUUAACGGCAACUUGACUUUUUCUCUUGGAGGUUUUUACCUCAGUAAAUAUAAAAACCAACAAGGCAAAGAAACCGUGAUUGGAGCCACUCAAUUUGAACCCACAGAUGCAAGAGCUGCAUUCCCAUGUUUUGAUGAGCCAGCUUAUAAGGCAAACUUUUCUCUGUCGAUGGUGCGAGAAAGAGGAGUCCACACUCUUUUCAACACGCCCUUGCAAUCUACCACUCCACUAGGAGGCGAUAUUGAGCGUGAUGACUUCCAACCAACAGUGAGGAUGAGCACAUACCUCGUGGCGUUUAUUGUUUCUGAUUUCGUCAAAAUUUCUAACAGAACAUCAACUGGAGUAGAGGUAUCAGUUUAUGCAUCCAAGGACAAACUUGAUCAGCUUAACUAUGCGUUACACUUUGCAUGUAAAGUGCUCACGUAUUUCGAGAAUUUGUUCAAAAUUCCCUUCCCUCUUCCGAAGAUGGACCUUGUGGCUGUUCCUGAUUUUGCAGCAGGAGCCAUGGAAAACUGGGGUUUGGUGACGUACAGGGAAACAGCAUUACUGUACGACCCCAUGACCUCAUCUGUUAAAGAUAAACAAUGGGUGGCCACCGUUAUCGCUCAUGAGUUGUCACAUCAAUGGUUUGGAAACUUGGUCACCAUGGAAUGGUGGAAUGAUCUGUGGCUUAAUGAAGGUUUUGCAAGUUAUAUGGAGUUUGCUGGAGUUAAUGCUGUUGAACCUCAGUGGUCGAUCAUGUCUGAAUUCCCGCUACGUCAUGCUAUGCGAGCGUUUUCCACUGACUCAUCAAAUUUCACUCACCCCAUCACAGUGAAUGUGACAAACUCAAAGGAAAUCAACGAAAUUUUCGACAAUAUAAGUUACAGCAAAGGGGCUUGUAUCAUCUACAUGCUUGCUGAUCUGCUUGGAAAAGUUUUCUUUCAAGGCGUGAACACAUACUUGAACACAUAUAAGUUCGACAAUGCAGAAAACUCUUACCUGAUCCAAAAAGUUUCAAUAGCAGCAAGGAAAAGUCACCCAGAUAUUGAUAUUCAGGCGAUGAUGAAAACAUGGACCACACUUCCUGGCUUCCCAUUGGUUGAUGUAAAUUUGAAUGGAAACAAGUUGUCUGUGUCGCAAUCAAGAUUUCUCUACCCAACUUCCGACGCUCAAGUAUCUAGCUCCUCCGUGUGGCAUAUUCCUCUAUCUUACGUCACGGAUGUUGACCCCAUGCACCCGACGAAGGUCCUGCUCGACGCUGAGCAUGCGGUGUUCACGCUACCACAAUCUGUGCAGUGGGUAAAAUUAAACCACAACCAAACAGGAUAUUACCAGGUCAAUUAUGAUGCAGCAAUGUGGUCACAAUUAAUUAACGCUUUGAACGCCAAUCCAAACGCUUUCUCUGUAAGCGACCGUUCUGGGCUGAUAUCAGAUGCAUUCGAGGCAGCAAGGGUGGGAAAACUUAAUUAUAACGAAGUUUUCCGUUUGCUUGGAUUUAUAUCACAAGAAAAGAUGUACGCUCCUAUCGUGACCGCUGUUAGUGGGUUACGGUAUAUUAGCCAUAUACUCAAGGUUCAACUUGAUGAAGAGGCUCAUAACCAGCUGUCGAGUUUCACAAAAACUUUGUUUGAAAAUCUUUAUGACGAAUUGUCAUGGAAGAAUCGAAGCUCAUUCAACCGUAACCAAAUGAAACUUCAAACUACCAUCACUAGUGUGAUGUGCAGUGUAAAACACAAGCCCUGCAUUGAUGAAGCUUUGCUUCGUUUUAAACAAUGGAAAGAAGAAGAGAAAGCAAUUCCUCCAGAUGAUGUUCCUAUUGUAUUUGAAGCAGCAUCCUUACACGGAACACUUGAAGACUGGCAACACUUGUGGGAAACCUUUAUUAACUCAACUGAUCCAAACUUAAAACAGAAGAUUUUGCUAGGCAUGGCACAAACAACUCGACUUGACAAAAUAUUGUUUCUACAAUCUGAGUUUCUUAAAGGGGAAACUAUUCGUUCUCAAGAUGCCCAAACGCUUGUUUCUGGAUUGACAACAAACUUAGUUGGUGGAACAAUAACUUGGAGGUUCGUGAAGCAACAUUGGGAGCAAAUUGUUGAAAAAAUCUCCAUAUCUGGUUUCGCUAUGCGGUCAAUUAUUAAACUGUGUUUAGAUUUAAUCACGGACCAUGGAGAAGUGGAAGCAGCCAGAAGUUUUUUCAUUUCCAAGGGAAUCGGUGAAAUGAAAUCUGUGCUUCGAAAUUUGGAGAAUUCCGCAGUUAACGCAUACUGGGCUAAAACAAGAUUGCCGGAAGUGAAGCUUUGGUUGAAAGACCAAUCCAGAAGCAGAAGACCCUAAUUUAUUUCCAUUUUUAUAAUGUUUUAUUUGCAGAUUUUAAUGUACUUGUAGUUUUUUGCAGUCUUGUUGCAAAGAGUUUUAUUUGCAAUUUUUGUUAAUUUUGACCGUUUUUACUGAAGAUUUUACUAAAACUAUAAUUUUGUUUUGAGUCUAGCUUUCAUCUUCACUGCAAUUAUGAGCAGAGCAGAAGGUUUUAUGUGAUGCCAGAUAUAGUUAUGCAAAGUUUUUAUGUUUUUGUUCUUUGUUGUAAAUGUUAUUGAAAAAAAGAAAUUGUUUUCUGCUUCCUAAAUUAUGCUGUUAAUUAUCGCCUUCAAUUUACAAUUUCAUUUUUUUUUUGCUUGUUAGAUUUUGCUGUAUGUUAUCAAUGCAUUAUUUAAGUCAGUUUUAAAAUUGUAUCAUCUUUCUAAUAACCUUCAGUGCCAUUUUUAAACUUUGUUGUGGUACGUCACCAAUUCAUUAUGUGACAAUCUCUGCUGACAAAAGAUCAGAUGUUGCCCAUUUGUGCCUAUAGAUUUUAGUGUCAUAUUUGCACCAUUAUUUCGUUUUCUUUGAAGAUUUUUUGAGUUGUGUCUGUAUUUUAAGGGUCCGUGCAAUUAAAAACGGUAUACGGUUUAAUACGCGAA